UAUGGGAAAUUAGUGUUUGAUUGGCCCAUGAUUGACACGCCGAGUGUCUUCCGGCGUGAUAAAACUAAUCUUUGGACUCGACGAACGGUAGUCGCUUCCGACACCUUGUAGCGACGUGCAUUUGUUUAAGGCGUGGAUUUCUCUUGUCAAUUCUCUUACGACGUGUGUGUGUGUUGUUUUUGCACACAGGGGACAGCAGUGGUUUUUGAUAACAGUGUGUGUAUGUCGUGUUUUUGUUUUUUAAAUGGACGUGUCACUUGCGGUGGAUAAAGUGGAAUAGAUAAUAUAUAUAUAUUUUUUUAAUCAGACGUUUAUCGGUUUUUAAUCCUAUUUGACAUUAUGACUUCUCAGUCAAUACCCGAAAUGACUUCAAUGUCGCCACCAUUGCAGUCUGAUAGCAGUAUGACGUCGCCGACGAUGUCGUUGUCGCCGUCGCCUAAAACCAACAAUGACCACGUGAAGCGACCGAUGAACGCGUUCAUGGUUUGGUCUCGCGGUCAGAGGCGCAAGAUGGCCCAGGAAAACCCGAAGAUGCACAAUUCUGAGAUAAGCAAGCGUCUGGGUGCAGAAUGGAAGUUACUGAGCGAGGAGGAAAAGAGACCUUUCAUCGACGAGGCCAAGCGCCUGCGAGCGCUGCACAUGAAAGAACACCCUGAUUACAAGUACAGACCGCGGAGGAAACCGAAAUCGCUGUUGAAGAAGGACAAGUAUGCGUUCCCGAUACCCAUGAUACCCGGGAUGAACGCGAGCGCUCUCACCAGCAUGGCGAGCAGCUUCGCCUCCAUGACCAGCCAGGCGGACCUGGGGAUGAGUUUCGGGGACAAGGCGCGCAACUUCUUCCCGCACCCCUCCACCCACGGACUGUACCCGCACCUGGAGUCCAGUAUGGGCAAGAUGGACUCGGCGGCGUUGAGUUUGAGGGCACACGAACUGGCCGCCAAUUCCCUGUACUCCCCUUACUUCAGCCCCCACAGCGCUGGACUCAGUCUCCCCCCUGCAGCGCACACCCACCCGGGCCUCCCUGGACAGUACCUGGUGCCGUGCUGCCCUCCCACGUACAUGCCAUCGCAGGACGUUCACAGACCGGUGGCCUAUGUUCUGGUUAAACCUGAAGACCAUUUCAGACACCCGGCGGUUAUAUAAAAACAAACAAAUGAAGAAAGAAAGAAAGAAAAAAAAGAGAGGAAAAAAGUAUAUUGUUGGACACGUACGAUCGUCGGUGUUUGUGCGGUGUAGUACACUGUAGCGAGGUGAAAUGGAUUCGUAUCGCCUAGUAACAUGAUAUCGACAUGCCGGCAAUGGCCGAUCUCAAAUAUCUCUCAGGUGCUAUAAAAACCGGACGAAUACACCCGGAAUAACAAAUCGGGUAUAGCGGUGAACAAGGGCAGCUGGGAAGCCAAGAGCGUGCGUUCGAAUCUAAUCUCUAAAAAACAAAAAAGAAGAAAAGAAAGAAAAAGAAAUCCAAAACCUUUUAAAUACUCAGGACACGUCUCUAGACAUUUUAUGGGGAAAACAAAAAAUAAUUUGUUGUAACAUCGUGAAAUGAACACAGUAUUGUAAUUUGUUUUGGAAAUGUACAUUCAGUUUGACCACGUGGAAGAGAACAGCUGCUGACAAUUCAAGAAUGUUUGUCACUGGUUUCGUGCCAUUUUUGUCUUUUUAUUUUUAUUUUUUGAAAAGUAUGUUGGACCUCUCGUGGUUUUGCGGGCUCAACAAACAACGUUGUUAUGGAAUUUUGAUGACGUGUUAGAACGUAGUGUGUUGAACAUGGACAGAAUGUGACCUCUGGGUCACGAGAAACAAACAGAACCACGUGGCCAGUCGCAGGUAAAAACAACAAAACAAAAAUGUGAUCAUAAGUGGAACGUACAUAUUAUAAGUAACGUACGCAUAUGUAACUUACGUAUAUGUAACGUACUCAAAAUACUAUUUAUUGUGCUAUUGAAAAAACAAAAACACACGGGUUAAAAAUAUUAUAGUGCUCGAACAUACCCAGAUCUCAAUGUGUUUUUAUUUUUUAAUUGUUUUGUAAUGGACAAAGCUCUCAAAAUAUAUUGACAAUGUCUCUCGAGAAAAAAGCAACAAACUGACAAGUUUUUAAUAUUUCAAACUUCCAGUUGAUCUGUUUUAAUUCCGUAUAAUAUUAAUAUAUCAUAAUGUCAAGUGAAAUAGGAAUAAUUGUCAAUACAUGUGUAAUUACAACAACAAAAACAAAAACAAAAAGAAAGAAAGAAAAAAGACAGUUAUGAAUGUACAAGAUUCAGAUUUAAGAAUUUGUUUUUAACUAUUCUCUUCUAGAUUGAAAGUGGUCAAAGACCACUUGUUUGACGAUAUAUAUUUUUUUCUUUGGAAAACAGCAUAAUAUUUUCACUAUUGAAAUGCUUGUUGAUUUAUUUGAACAUAUAGUGCUUUGUUUAUUGGUAUAUUGAAAUUUUGCACUUUAAACAUUGUGGUUUAAAUUAUUUACUUUUCAUUGCCAGCAUAGUUGAAUAGUUAAAAGUGCAUAACACUUUUGUGCUGAAAUAUUUUUUUGUCAUGUCUUGUGUCUCUUUUAAUAUUGUUGAAUAUAAGAUGGAUAGAUUUACGCAUAUCUUGUUAAUGAGUUGUUGAUAAAUGUGGGUGUUUUUAAAAAACAUUAUUUCCGAUGGAGAAAAAUGUAUUUUUGUUGUUUUUAAAAUGUCUACAACAUGCUCAUGAAUUAAAAUAUGUAAAUUUUC